AUGGAGAGUAAGAAUGUGGUGCAUCUUAAACUUCACACUCUUCAUGUUAGCGUAGAUUCAACUUAUGAAGAACUAAUCGAACUUAUGUUGUGUCAAGACUUCGAAGCUUUCGCUGACAUUAAGAAACUGGUGAUAGAUGUAAUAGCAAUACUUUCAAAAGACAAUCAGGUGUCGUCUGAAAGUUCGCCAGAACUGCUAAAUAACUUGAUCGAAAAUAUUUUUGAGACUUUCGAACAACUUGAUGUACUUGUGUUCUGUUAUAAGAGUUCUGACAUAUCUGAAGAAGAGGCGCAUAUUCUUCAUAAGCUUUUUUCUGAGAAGUGUAGAUCUCUCAAGGAGCGAUGCGAGUGGUCAGAUAAGUGCAAUGAAGAGCGAACCAUUUUCGAGCUUUAUAAGUAA